AUGGUGGAUGAAAACGAAAUCAUCGCUGUGAAGAUUGCUACUACAUACAACCCUGCGGACAUUCUCACCAAGAUCUGCCCAGUCUCCAAAAUUCGUCAGCUAGCAUCGUUCUUGUUCGGCAACGACAUGUCUCAGGCUGAACCUCUGAGAACAUCUGAUGAUGACAUCAGCAUCGAGCCUCGCAUCAUCCCUAUGUCAAGUGACAUGGACGAGUCACAGGGAUCCCCCAAGCAGAGCCAGGAGUCGCACAAGAUGACGACGAGGCCACAAGACAGCUCUCCCACCAUGAUGAUGAGUGUGGCAAAGAAGCUGAGGGGUGACAUGACAGCGAGAAACUUGAUCUCGAUGAUGGAGGGAUCAGUCCUGAUCAAAGUCGCUCUGAAUGUCAAAAGUGACAAGAGCUGUUUUCAAUCCAACCUCAAAGCCUGUACGUGGCCAACAGUGAGGAGAGGAAUUACCUCAUGA